UCAGUGGAAACAGGUAUAAAUCCAAGGGUUGAACACAAGCAGCAAGCAGGAAUGGUCCAGAUGCUCUCGACGCAAAACGCACCAGUCAAGUCCUGCCGACGACAUCUGGGCCGCCCUUGUCAGAGCGCCCUUCUCCGAGCCAAUUCAGGAUGCUUCACAACGUCGCCAUCAACGGACUUCUCGCCUUUAUAUUGACAAGCGGAGCUAUCAAUGCUGCAGUCAUCCCCCGCCAAGCUUCAGUCCCUCCCUCGGUGUGCCAACCUCUCGACGGCACCAACGGAACGGGUCCUUACCAAAUCGACACAACCUGUGUAGAUCCGUUGUAUGGCAACCCGGUCGUCCUCAACGAGACCGACCAGACCUUUCCUGUCCCUCACCGGCUGGUCGCGGGUAUCUUUGACAAUACCACGGUCACGUUCAACAUCUACCUCCCUCAACUAGGGUCCGGGUUCGAGAACCGGUUCUUCCAGUACAUUUAUCCUCUCGCCAACGGAUCGGCCACCGAUGCCGAGAUCCAGUUCGCUGCCGACCAGAAGGGGUACCAACUCGCCGUCAAGGGAGCCUUGGGGUACAGGCAGGACGCCGCGGCUGCCAAGUUUGCUCGUACCGUCGCUGCCAAAUACUACGGGUUGACCGACCCCUGGAAGAUCAACGGAUACGCUUAUGGGGGUAGCGGAGGGUCCUUGCAGAUCGUUGGGGCCGUGGAGAACGUCCAGGGGGUCUGGCAGGGGAUCGUACCUUAUAUUCAGGCCAUCCCGACCUCGAUUCCCAACACGGUCGCCUCGCUCGCUCACUGCGCUCUCGUCCUGGGCGACAAGGGCUCCGCCAUUGCCGAUUCCGUCUUGCCCGGUGGCGAUGGCAACCCGGAGCGAACUCUGAACGACUUGGAACGGGCUACUUAUCGUGAAUGUACCAAGCUAGGUCUGCCCCCUCGACAGUGGGAGGUCAUCAAGUGGGGUUAUGACGGCGGAUUGUUGCUCAACUUCUACCCCAAUAUCUAUAAUAUCGACGCCAACUACGCUAACGACUUCUGGAGUAAGACGGGGUACGUCGGAAUGGAGGACUCGGACCUUGGACGGUUCUACCGGUCUCGCAGACGCAGCGGCAAUUCGACCUUUUCCAACGUCAGAUACGACCCUGCCGGGACGCCGCUCUCGCUCAGCAUUGACAACCUACCGGAUGGCUUCUCUCUUUUCGGGGCCGAUUUCACGAUUGUCAACCCCAACGGCACGGUCAUCACCCGGUUGAACACGCUCGGUAUCAACGAAGCCACAAGAGAAUUCAACUUGAGCAUCACGCCUUCGAUCAACUCGUCCCUCUUCACCGCACCUGGGUCCCUCUUCAGCUGGGACAACAGCAAGUAUCUGGCUGCACACCUGUACCACCGAUACCAACUCCCCGUCCGAGAAGGCUUUACGAUUUACGACCAGUACCGACAAGGCGGUGUCUCGUCAGGUGCACCUCUCUACCCUCAACGUUCCCCGCUCAUCGCACCCAUCUUCGUUGCCGGGUCCAGCGGUGGCGGGACUCACACCGGCGCCAUCAGGUCCAAGAUGAUCGUCGUUCAGAACCUUCUCGACAUCAAUUCGCCCCCCUGGAACGCCUACUGGUACAAGGGACAGGUCAAACGGGCCUUGGGAGAGACCAAGGCUCGAAGCAUGUAUCGGUUAUGGUACACCGAUAAUGCCGACCACCCGGAAGGUCCAGUCAAGCAGAGCUCGCAGAACCGAUUGAUCCAGUACGACGGAAUCAUUUACCAUGCCUUGUACCACAUCUCGAGAUGGCACGAGCAAGGGAUCGAGCCUCCCGAGACCACUUUCACCCAGAACGACGGGCAGAUCACCGUCCCCCCGACCGCGGACGAGCGUGGUGGGGUCCAGCCUGUCGUCGUUCUCACCGUCGGCAAGGGUAACAGUAACGACAAGGUCGUCAACGUCAGAUGCGGAGAAAACGUCGACCUGGCCGGAAAGGUUCAGGUACCAAGGGGGUUGGGUGGAAUCAUCAAGGCCGAAUGGGAUUACGAGGGUACCGGUACUUUCGAGCCCGUCAAGAUCGACAAGGCCAAGAAGACGCUCAACGUCAAGUCCCAACACUCGUACGGCAAGGCGGGUACCUACUACGCUACUCUCAGGGCGUCGAGCGUUUACGACGGCAAUAUCAACAACAACUUUUCCAAUGCUUACAACCUCGACCGAGCGAGGAUCGUUGUUAGCUGUUGAAAUCGACCGGGGUUCGGCCCAUUAGCGGGAUUGCCUGGAUCUCAACGAAGAGAUUCUCGAGACCGAAGCGUCGGAAUGAUUGUUCAGACGUCGAUAUGCGGUUUCUACAGCCAGUGAGGCUUGUAGUGGUC